AUGGUGAAAAGAGGAUAUGAAUUAGCUUCCAGAUGUUGUGUAUGUGAGGAAAGCCAAGACAGUAUGAAUCAUUUGUUAUGGCACUGUUAUUUUAGUGUAGAAAUUUGGAUCUGGCUCGUAAAUAUCUUUGAAGUUGGUCUUCCUCAUUCUUUUGAUAAUAUCUGGAACUAUUCAAAUAAUAAAAGUCCUCUCAUGAAAGAAGUUUGGAUUACUGCUGCUUGCUCUGUUAUCAAGGAACUAUGGUUUCAAAAGAAUAAAAAAUAUUUUGAGGAGGUCAAGCCAAAUAUUCAGCAUUUCAAGCAAAACAUAAUAAAAAUGGUAUCUGAAGGAGGACUUAGAAUGAAGGGCACUAAAUGGAAUCAUAAUUAUGAUCUUCAAAUAAUUGAUUUCUUCAAUUUGGGUUGCAGACAAAACAAAUUUCAGUGCAUUAAAAGUUUCUACUGGAUUCCUCCACAAAUAGGUUUUACUCUCUUCUAUUGUGAUGGAGCAUCAGUGGGUAAUCCACGAGCAGCAGGAUUUGGUAUUGUUGUAAGGAAUCAUCUGUGUCAGGUGGUUGGGGGUAUGGCUGCAGGUAUUGGUAUUGCUACCAAUUAUAUUGCAGAAACUUAUGUUGUGGUAUGUGCAGCUGAAUUGACUGUUGAAUGGGGUAAAAAGCAUAUAAUUAUAAGUUCAGAUUCUAAAACUGUCAUAUCAGAAUUUGCCAGAAAUCAACUGCCUUGGUUCACUAGAAUGAGAUGGUUGAAAUAA